ACGAAAACCAUGGGCCAACUUCCACUGCACAUUCACCACCUACAGCUAUUAGCAUCCGUACUGUUGCUGUCAGCGGCGGCUGGGGCAGCAGAUGCUUCGCAUCACGCCGGCAGCAACACCACCGGUGAUCUUGCGGCGCUGCUCGCAUUCAAAUCCCAGCUCUCGGACCCCCUCGGCAUCCUUCGCGAUGGCUGGACAAGAAACAAGUCCUUCUGCAGCUGGGUGGGUGUGUCGUGCAGCCGGCGACAUCAGCAACGUGUGACUGCUGUGUCGCUGCCGGAUAUGCCGCUCCAAGGAGGCCUCAUCCCUCAUCUUGGUAACCUUUCUUUCCUCCAUGUCCUCAACCUCACCAACACAAGCCUCACUGGCUCCAUCCCUGAUGUUCUUGCAAGGUUACCUCGUAUUAGAAUUCUUGACCUUGGCCACAACAGUCUGUCAGGUCCAGUACCUCCUACCAUAUUCAACAUGUCUAGGCUUGAGAUCUUGUUGCUGGGAACCAACAACCUAACUGGGCCUAUACCAAGCAACCAAAGCUUUAAUCUCCCCCUGUUACGAAAGAUAGCCCUCCAUCGGAACAAAUUUACUGGUCAUCUCCCAUCAGGCCUAGAAGACUGCCACAACCUUGAGGUAAUCUCGAUUGGUGGAAAUCUUUUUGUUGAUACUGUGCCAACAUGGCUCGCUAAACUGCCACGACUCUCCUUCGUUUCUAUAGGCCGGAAUGAACUUGUUGGCUCAAUCCCCAGUGUGCUCGGCAACCUAACCAUGCUCUCCGUGCUUGACAUCUCAUUCUGCAACCUAAGCGGCCAGAUUCCAGUGGAACUGGGGAAACUCAGCCAACUCACUGUGCUGCAUCUUUCAUACAAUCAACUUACGGGCUCCUUUCCUGCCUUUCUAGGGAACUUGUCCGAUCUACAGUUCUUGGUAUUGGAAUCAAAUCUGUUGACCGCAACAGUACCAUCAACACUUGGCAACAUUAGAUCUCUUUUUCAUCUUGAUAUCCGAAUGAAUCACCUCCAAGGGAACCUUGAUUUCUUGGGCAGCCUUUGUAACUGUAGGAAGCUUCAAAUCCUUGCCAUAUCAACAAACUCAUUCACUGGGAGUCUUCCUAACUAUGUUGGAAACCUCUCUCAGAAUCUAUUAGAAUUUACAGCAAUCAGGAACAAGUUAACCGGCAGGUUUCCAGCUACACUGUCAAAUCUAAGUGAUAUCCGUAAAAUAAGCUUCAGCGACAACCAACUAACUGGAGAAAUCCCAGAAUCCAUCAUGAUGUUGGAGAAUCUCGAGGCACUUGAUCUCUCUGAAAACAGCAUGACUGGACCAAUCCCCGCACAAUCAGGUAUGCUGAAGAACAUUGUAGUUAUAGCUCUCAAUGAUAAUAAAUUCUCUGGCUCCAUACCAGAUGGCCUAGUAAAUAUUACUACAAUACAGUAUAUUUUCCUGUCCUCUAACAAUCUAUCUUCGACUAUACCAUCACACCUAUUUCAUCUUGAUAACCUUAUAGAAUUAAGUCUGUUCCAUAACACCCUAACAGGAGCCUUGCCUUCUGACCUAAGCCACAUGCAAGCCAUUGACAAAAUAGACUUAUCUUCUAAUCUCUUCGUUGGUCGCCUCCCUAGUUCAUUUGGACAGCUUGUGAUGUUAAGCUAUCUAAAUCUAUCUCAGAACUCAUUUGACGAUUCAAUACCAGAUAGUUUUCAUCAUUUGACCAACUUAGCAACUCUGGACCUAUCCUAUAACAAUCUUUCAGGUGGAAUACCAAAUUACCUUGCAAAUUUUACCUACCUUACUGAUCUGAACCUCUCCUUUAAUGAGCUACAAGGGCAAAUACCAAAUGGAGGUGUUUUCUCAAGCCUAAGCUUGCAAUCAUUGAUUGGGAAUAAGGGGCUGUGCGGUGCUCCACGUAUUGGAUUCUCACCAUGUUUGGACAAGUCAACUCAUAGUCAGCACUUUCUCAGGUUCAUACUCCCUGCUGGCAUCGUAGCAGUUGGUGCCUUAGCAGCGUGUGUAUACCUUCUUGACAAAAGGAAGAAGAAAAAGCAUCAAAAUGUUACAAAUUCCAUUCACAUAGCUGAUGUUAUCAGACACAAGUUAGUAUCCUACCAUGAGAUUGCACGUGCUACAGAAAACUUCAACGAGAGCAACCUCCUUGGAGCUGGAAACUUUGGCAAAGUUUUCAAGGCCCAACUGGGUCAUGGUUUGGUGGUUGCAGUAAAAGUGCUCAACAUGCAUGUCGAGCGAGCCAUGAGGAGCUUUGAUGCUGAAUGUGAAGUGUUGCGGAUGGCUAGGCAUCGCAACUUAAUAAGGAUACUGAAUACUUGUUCCAACAUGGAUUUCAGAGCAUUGUUGCUUCAGUACAUGCCGAAUGGCAGCUUGGAGUCACAUUUGCACGGAGGAAUUAGGGAACCACUGGGGUUCAUCAAAAGAUUGGAUGCUAUGCUUGGCGUGGCUGAGGCAAUGGAAUAUCUGCACCAUCAUCAUCAUCAAGUUGUCCUACACUGUGACCUCAAACCUAGUAAUGUGUUAUUCGAUGAGGAGAUGACAUCACAUGUUGCGGACUUUGGAAUUGCUAAAUUACUUACCGGUGAUGACAACUCCAUGAUUUCAGCAAGUAUGCCAGGAACAAUUGGGUACAUGGCACCAGAGCUUGCACUCAUGGGGAAGGCUUCAAGGAAAAGUGAUGUGUUUAGCUUUGGGAUCAUGCUUCUUGAAGUCUUCACUGGGAAGAGUCCUACGGGUCCCAUGUUCAUUGGAGAAUUCAGCCUCAGGCAGUGGGUAUCCCAAGCAUUUCCAUCAAUGCUCAUGGAUGUUGUGGAUGAGAGGUUCCUACAGCGUGAGGACAUUGAUCACAGAUUUCAUCAGCAAAGCAGUACUACUUGGUCUCCAGCAUCGUCUUCCACACGGUUUGAUGCCAACCUGCUUGUGUCAAUAUUUGAGCUAGGUCUGAUUUGUUCGAGCGAAUCCCCUGAGCAAAGGAUGACAAUGAACGAUGUGGUUUUGAAGCUGAAGGACAUAAAAAAGGAUCACUUUGCCUCUGAAUUGGCAAGGGAAAAGGCCUCAGGCUAAGAGCUCUUAGCUAGACUAGUUCGGUGAUGUCAGUGUGGUUUGGUUUCUAUUGAACUUCCGUCACACUAUACUCUAGUAUGCCUUUCCAUAUAUUUGGUUCAAUAAUUAUUUAGGGAAUCUUUGGUUAAA